GAACCAAAUGGCCAAUAGAGAUCUCAAACUCGGGGUUUCGGAUUGAAAACAAACAGGAAGCGACGGAAUGCAAAGAGAUUAAGUUUGUAAAACAUAGUACCGACCUUUCAAAUGUAGCAAAAUAAAACUAUAAAUGCAUACUAAGUGUAGCCGAGUUUAAUAAAUUACUUCGCAUUUGCAAUGACAAUCUAUCUCCGUUUUUGAACACAUCUGUAGCUAGCUAGCGUUAGGUGCCUUCCACUUCCGCGUUCAGAGCGUUUUCCUCUCCGCGACAUACUCCAUAUACUCCAACUUUUCAACCGGACAUCUUAAUUGGCGUCCGUUGUUUUGUUUUGUUUUGGGGGUUUUUUCCAAGCCGGUUUUAAGGAGGUUGAUUGACUGACGUCAACCACCCACAUUAGCAUGGACUGUGAAGACGCCCACAAUGGGCGGGGGUUAUCAGGAGCUCACUGUUCUAAUCCAGCCAGAAACAUAAUCGGAGCAGAGGAUGAGGACUUUGAGAAUGAUCUGGACCUGACAGUGGAUGAUCAGUGCAGUCAUUUUACCAGUAUCGAACUGUUGAAAAACAAACCAACCCACCUGCUGGUCUUCCUGCAUCACGUCAUCCUUCAGUUUGACUGCGCUCCUCUGUUGUGCUACCUGCAUGCUGACCUCUUCAGGAGCCUCAGUGCCAAAGAGACCAAGAAACACUUUGCGGACUUCUACAACAAUUUCUUGGAUAAAGGAGCAAUUCUCAGAGUAACUGUACCAUCCCAAAUAGCAUAUGAGUUAGACCGCACUCGUCCAGACCUCAUCAACGAGGACCUGCAGAAGCGAUUUGCUCUGGAAAUGCAGAGGAUGCAAACCCUGGAAAUCCUGCGGCAGCUUGAAGACUUCAGGCAAAAGAGGAUGAUGGGAAUGACCCCCAAUGAACAGGAGCUGACCGAGGUGGAGAAUCACUAUCCAACAGACCGUGUUCCCAGAGAAAUGAAGGAAAAAGCAGUGGCUGAGAGACUUCUAGAGAAGUUGACUGAAACCAACCCUGCGAUUGUUGCAGAUGAAGAUAAAUGUUCUGCCAUCUUUGGAGCAGUGGCUUUCUACAUGAAGCAUCUGGGAGUGAAGAGCAGAGCACCAGACAGCAAGAAGGGCAAAGGAUUUUUCAGGAGAAAGGUUCAAAAGAAGGAUGAAAAGUCCAAGGUCCUCAGUAUCUUGAGGAUCGGAGGCAGCAAUGAGGUCAAAGUGAGAUUGGACAAUGAAGGUGAUAAGGAGAGGAGUAAUGAACGGAAGAAUCAUUUGAGCAUCACAACACAUCGUGCCUCCACUGCAGAUGGAAGUGCAUUACCCAUCGUGGGUCGCAAACCCGGUGUGACGGGGCCUUGCACAGAGAGCACUGAGGUGCUAAACAGCAACAUUAUUGUUAUUUCCAGCCCUGAAACUUCCCAGCCUGAGACAGGUCAGUCCAGCAGUCGUUCGGACCACCAGUCUGUAUCAGACGGCGGAGACGUAUCUCCUGCAUGCUCCAAUGUUGGCAAUGCUGUCUGGGAUCCUUCACCUUCUAUUGACAUGCCUUUAGAAGAGAGUCAUGAAAAGGACAGACGGAAGACAAGGAGUGUGCGCCGCAGUGAGAGUCUGUGUGUGGAUCGCUGCCACUCUCGCCGAGUUGGCUCUACUCGAGCUAAACAAUCUCGUUCCCGUAGCGAUGUGGACCUUCAGUCGACUUCCACUUCCCAACCCCCUUCACCUUUCCCCCAGUCCUCCAACCCUUCCUUUUUGGAUAACCAAGUGUUGCCAGCUGAUGGUCCUGGUGUACUCAAUGCCUCUGGCUGCUUAACUCAGCAAGAGGAAGUAGAGCCCCGACUCCUGGAAUUAGAGCAGGACCCGCCCAACUGGAGAGAGCUGGCUUCCAGCGAGGUUCUGAGUAAACUUACUAAGAAAGAGACCAAAAGACAGGAAGUCAUCAAUGAGUUGUUUGCAACAGAGCAUGCCCACGUGCGCAUGCUGAGUGUGCUACAGACAGUGUUUUCUCGUCCACUGGAAAGAGAGGCAAUUGUGGAUAGUACUGAGCUGGCUACCAUCUUCCCUAGUUUGGAUGAGAUUAUAGAGAUGCACUAUGCUUUCUACGAGAAUCUGAAGAAGCUACGCCAAGAAGAUAACUUUGUGGUUAAACAUAUAAGCACUCCGCUGCUCAACAGAUUUAAUGGCUCAGAGGGUGAAUGGUUCCAGAAGCUCACAGCUCGUUUCUGUAGUCGUCAGUCGUGGACUCUGGUUCAAAUCAAGAACAAACAGAAGAAAGAUCCCCGAUUCAAUGCCUUCAUACUGGAGGCUGAAAGUAAGCCACAGUGCAGAAGAUUACAGCUGAAGGACAUCAUCCCCAUUGAGAUGCAGAGACUAACAAAGUACCCACUGCUGUUGGAAAACAUUGCCAAGAGCACAGAAAAUGUGGUGGAGAAAGAAAAUAUCCAGCAGGCUGCUGAGUGCUGCCGUAAGAUCCUAAACCAUGUCAAUGAGGAGGUGAAAUACAUGGAGAAUCUUCUGACUUUAAAAGACUAUCAGCGCAGGUUGGACACUUCAGGGCUGAAGCCCAGCAAUGAGCUCUAUACAGAGUACAAGAGCUUUGACCUGACAUCAAGAAGCAUGGUUUAUGAGGGGCCACUUACGUGGAGGGUGACUAAGGAGAAAGCUCUAGAUGUACAAGGUGUGUUGCUGGGAGACCUGUUGGUCCUUCUGCAGAAACAAGAUGAUAAGAUGCUCUUGAAAUGCCAGAGUAAGAGUGUUGGUGCUCCCCAGGAGGGCAAACAAAUGCUCAGCCCCAUCAUAAAGCUGGAUUCGGCUUUCCUCCGAGAUGUGGCCACAGAUAAUAAGGCCUUCUAUGUUAUCUUUGCAUGGGAGAGUGGAGCACAGAUCUAUGAACUUGUGGCCCAGUCUGUUGCUGAACGGAAAACAUGGACAGAUUUGAUAAAAUCAUCAGUAGAGGAGUUGAAAAAGAGUGGCGGACAUACGCUGGAAAGGAUGAGGCAUGGCAGCAUGGCAAGUAGCAGCUCCACACUGUCAUAUAGUGCCUCACUGAACCCCCCUCUCAGUCCCAUUGACAAUGGACCAGACAUGCUGAAAAACUCUGGUCAAUACAAGGACAGCCUCACGAAUGAAAAGUUCAGACACACUCACCCCUCACUGAUUGACUGCUUAGCUGCCAAUGGAUUUGACCCACUGGGUUACAGCAAUGCCCCUCCAGAACGGUCCGCCACUGUGGCUUUGGAUGAAGUUAUGUCCUUGAAGACACUAUUAGUCGGAAGUACUUGUCUGUCCAAGAAUGCCCAGCCUGAUGUGGAGAGCAGAGCAGAGCCGGGGAAGCAGGAAAAUGAUGGUAGUCAAUCACAAGUGGAAGAGCACAAUAUGGAGUCGCAGGAGGAUAGGCAGGAUGAAGAGACAAAAGGAGAUGAGCAGAAAGCAAUAAUUGCUCCUCUAGUGCUUUCACAUGAGCAGAUGGAGGAGGUCAGCAGAAAACUGGAGAGUCUGGAAGAACAAGUGAAGAGACUACAGAAUGUGGAGGACGAGUAUCACAGGCUACAAGAAACCCUUGCUAAGUUCACUAUUCAAAGACCCAACUACAACUGAGGAAUAUUCCAACCUGCUGUUCACCAGAUUGUCUGUAGCCCCAACCCAAUGAUGUGCUGAAAGAGUUGCUGACAGGAAGGAGAGACAAAAAAGAGACUGUUUAGUUGUGAGUGUCUGUGUGUGUGCGCUUGCAUGUGUUUGUGUGUGUGUGUGUGUUUAUUUUAUGCAGAACUCCUGGCCGAAAAUGCAGAUGGUCAGGAUAGAAAAAAAUAUACUCAUCUAUGUGUGUUUUGAAAGAACAGCUCUUGAGCGCACGUGAAGCAAAGACGAGGGUUAAAAGUUGGAGAGACGUGGUGAGGAAGGGGAUUGAUUUUGUAGAAUAAUGCCAAGUGAAACUGGGUUGAAAUCUGCUGAUAUGCAUAUGCUUAUAUGUAUAUGCUUAAGUGUGACAUGGAGUCAGGAAAUAUUUGUGUGGAAAUGGAAUUCCUCAUUCUAAGCCACAGGUGUUGUUUAUAUCAUAGUGCAGCAGUUACACAAGCAUCUUAGCUAUCGUCACAUGGUCACCGUAGCUGUAUUCUGUCUUUAGCAUGUUUGAGUGAGUGAGUGUAUGCGCAUGCGAGUCACCUUGAUUAAUUCAAAUUCUUGACGAUCUGCUCUUUAGAAGGUGUGUUUUAAUGUCUAUGCAUAAUUGUCAGAGCAGAUGCAAAGUAGUGAUUUUUCUUGAAAUAAUGUAUAAAGGGUAGCCUCGCUACCUGUCACAUGAAUUGGUUUCAGACCAAAGAGGACCUACGAAGCACGUUUAUAACAGUAAAUCUAAUGGCGAGAUCUGAUAAGAAUUAUUUAGCUUUUACUUAUGUAAGUAUAUGCAGGAUUAGCAUGGAGGACAAAAUUAAAAUGCACUUACAUCCCUUUCUUAUGUUCCAUACACAUAUAUAGAUAAAUCUCAUAAAUGGAUUAUGUAAGGAAGAGAAUGCAAAGCUAAGACUGGAGACUCCUUCCAUAAAAGUUAAUGUCUCCUUAUUUAUAUCAGCCUAUCAAUGAUAGGUUGAUAUAUAUAUGUUUCUUUGCUAAAUAUAAACAUAUUUUUAGGGAUUUUAUUUUAUCAAUUUAUUGUUAGGUUUAACUUACAUACACUCAUAAAGGACAAUCUAAAGUAGUUGAUGUUUUUAUUGUCCUCAUCAGACCAAUCAGAUUCUAGAAUUCAGCAGCGCUGUUUUAUAAAUACAAAUAUAAUAGCUAAUUUCAUAUGAACUGUGAUAAUGAUAUUAGCCUGGUCUAUGUAAGUAAUAAUGCACUUCAGACUGUGUUGUUAUACAAAAAUAAUCUACUCUGAAGCUGUGCAAUGCUCUGAAGUGGAGUGUGUUAUUCUGCUUAUACCACAGAAAUUUCCGAUUGCAAUUUAAUUUGAAUGUUUAAUUGUAAACAGUUUAAUGUUAUGGAACAUCUGUGAGAGAGGUUCAUUCCUGUUGUUGAUUGUUAUAGCGGUUAUAAACGGUCAUUCAAUCACUAGCGAGCUUAAAGUUAAUUAGACAAAAAAAAUAGUCUGAAAUUUGUCCUGUUACCUAGAAAUUAGAACGUACAAACUCAGUGGUAAACAACCCAUAUUUUAAUCUGUUUAUUAUUAGGAUUAGAUUAUGUGCAGCAUCCCAUUGUAUGCCCCUGUGUAUGAGCUGUUAUUAUAGAAACAAUAACUUAUUUGAACAAAGACAUUAAUAUAAAGCUAUAAUUUAUGUCACAGCCAGAACUAUUGUCAAAGCAGUGCUCCAUCCAUCCAUUUUCCAUACUGCUUUUCCUACACAGGGAGCCUAGAGCUUAUCCCAGGGAACUCUGGGCACAGUGCAGGGAACACCCUGGACAGGGUGCCCACCCAUUGUAGGGCACAAUCGCACACAUUCACACUCUAUGGACAAUGUAGAGAUGCCAAUCACCGUACAACACAUGUCUUUGGACUGGGGAAGGAAACUGGAGAACCCCGGAGCACGGGGAAAACAUGCAAACUCCGCGCACACACAGGGCUAAGGUGGGAAUUGAAGUCCCAACCCCGGAGGUGUGAGGCAAACAUGCUAACCACAAAGCCACCGUGCUCCCCAAUACAGUAUACUGUAUAGCGUUUAAUUCAACACCUUCUGACCAAUCUCAAUUGAGAAUUCAACCACGCUGUUGAUAAAUAUAAAUAAAAUAGAUGGCUACAUAUUAGUUGUAAUAGUGCUAUCAUCAGCUGUAUGUUUUUGACCUGUAUUUUACCAUAAAUGGACUUUGUAGACUUUCAGGUUAUAAGUGUUGACCAAAACACGGAGUAUGUGAUUUCUUUAUGUGGAAAGCAAAGAGAACAUGCCCAUCAGAGUUUGCGGGCAAUGUUCAACGUCAACAAUGCGUAUGUAUUUUUGUCGCUAUUGCUAGUGCUCCUUCCGAAUUCAAUUAUUAAUGUAAUUAUGCAACUACCAAAUACCAUAGGAAAAUUAUAACCGUAGAUAGUGCCUAUCAUUAUUAUAUAACAUUUGCACCAGGACCUCAGAAAAAGCACCCAACUGUACAAGGGUAGAGGGAUAAAAAUGGACUUUGUUGUGGCUUGUGGCCAUACACAUGACAUUGUACUCAGAAGAAGAGAGAUUUAAUUAACCUUGCUUUCACUCUCACGCAAAAGUGUACUUUUAUGAUCUUUAGCUAAGACACACGUUUGUAUUUUUUUUUUUUUUAAAUGUACAAUGCUAUUUAUAAUGCAGGGUGGAUUAUGCAAAGAAUUUAGUCUUCUAUUUCUUUGUUCUGGCUCAGUGGCUGUGUAGAGAACCUAGUGGCACUCUUCCUCUUUUUCACCAUCAGUAAGGCAAAUCUGCUCAAGUUUCAGUUCCACAUCUAAAGGGUCUAGUGGCAGUUUACUGCUGUCUCUCACAUUGUGCACUGUUUUUAAAUUCAUCUUCUGACUCCUUAUAUUUUGUUUCUUUUUCUAUGCUGAACCAAAUAUUCUUUUACCUACAGAGUUGUAAAAUGUUAUUUCAUGACAUGACAUUGGCUCUGCCUCCUCAGUGUAGUACUAUGUAUAUUUUAGGGGUAUUGGUGCACACUCGCAGAUACCCCUGAUUAAAGCAAGAACUAUUCUGUGUAUUUGUGCUUUGGUUUUUAUCAUGUAAAGUACUUUGAAAGCAUUGAGGUACAUUUUAUUACUACUGUAAUUUUCCUGUUCUCUCUUUUUUUUCUUUUCUUUUUUUUUAAAUAAAUGAUUUCAACAAUU